ACUAAGAGAAGAGAGCCAUUCCAUUUAGGGCAACCAUGAUCGUAGUUUGGGCGGGCACGAGCGAUCUGGUGUCCGAGCCGAUUGGUCAGACGACGACUACUGCACUUAUUCUAUUAGUUCUUAGUAUUAGCCUAGCCUAUCCCGGAAUGGACUGGGAUGGAAUAGAAAGAAGAAGCGCUAUAGGGUCGGUUUUUGGGGGUGGGGGAAGAAGCUUGCUUCUUCACAAGCUGAUCCCCGCCCCGUUUCCUGUCCCGACCGGCAGCAGCUGGGUCUCCCCAUCUCUCCUCUCGCUUUGCUCGAGCUAUAGCCUCUCCUUUCAGUCGAGUGGCCUAACGGCUCCUCAACUUUCCCCGGUCUUCGGCCCGAGCUGUAUGAGGCAGAAACUCGUCCCACGUACGGUUCGGAGGCCGAGCCUCACCCCAGCAAUAAUGGUGCGGCUUAGGUCAACUAAUACAAAUAAGAUACAGUUCACUCAACGAUUGCCUUUGGGUCCCGAACUCCAUAUGGGGAAGGAGCGUUGUUGUUUGCGAGGUCUCGAUCAUUUACAUGGACCCACUUUUCAUUCCAUUUGUGGUAAUUUUCUUCUUUCUAAACCGUCCCCAACGAGCGAUCGGUUCAUGUUUGAGCAUGAUGAAUCACUUCGUGUCGACCUGUUGCCAAUACUAUCGCCUGCCUCAUAUGAGAAUGGAAAACUGGAGCAUUUUCUGCAUCGGUGGAUGAAGAAUAACGAACAUAAGAAUUUCUGGUUUACCAUGUUCCCAGAAAAAAGAUACUUUUUUUCCAUUCGAGAAACGACGAGCACGACUGAAGUGGCUAUACAUACAAAUCUAUUUACGGAUCUAUAUGCUCCGAUUGGAACUGGAAGUUCCAGAACUGGCGGCUGGUAUACCACCAUAAUGAAACUGCCUUUUCUUUUUAGUAUUCGGAUAGGAUUUCUGUUGGCUUCAUCGGGAGGCUCGCGUAGUUUGUUACGUCAGCUCCAAAAGGAUAAGUUGCAUUGGAAUCGAGAAAGUUCCAUGGAGUUCCUAAUUGCAUAAAAGGAGUCAAAAUAGUGGCUGCGGCGCGUCGA